GGAAGUUUACGUUCCGUUUUGGAAAACGUGCUGCUCAUGGCAGCCGUGAGGAGAAGAGCCGGGUGUCUUUAGCUUCCGUCAUCCUGACAGUAUAAUAGAUACAUACAAUGUAUUCCGUUUUAAUGAACGCGCUUUUGUCCAGCUCUCCGGACUACGACGCUUUGUUUAAAAGUCUGUCCUGGCCGGAGGAGUCGUGGCCGGAGACGGAGCGGGUGGAAGCACUGACAGCUUUCAUUGAAGGACUGGGACCACUUUUGGCAGACUCGAUUCAAUUUACAGAAGCAAAAAGACGCUGUGUUCAAGAAAAAAUUGAGUCGGUUAUUUGGACAAAAUGUCUGCCUUUCCUCUCUAAAAUAUCAGCAGAAGCUGCUGAAGGUGCUCGCUGCAGGGAGAGUACAGCUGCCGCCUGCAGGCUUCUGAGUGUUUGCAUCCCUCUUUGUAACGAGGAGGUUUGGAGGCGAGCUGUCUGCUUCGUCCUGCCGUCAUUCCAGCUACCAGAAGAAGAGCUGCUGGGUCAGGGACGACUCAGUGUGGAGGUUGCCAGCGAAGUCCUGGCUGCUCUCAUACCUUUUCUGUCAGCGGAUGAAGCCCUCACACUCACCACCUUAUCAUCCGCUCUGUCAUCCAUCAGAACUCUCCCUGAUGUGCUGGUUUCCAAAAUCACAGUCAGGAUUCUCUUAACUCUGCUGAGCUGCUGCAGCGGUGUGAGGUUAAAAAGCAUCCUUAAUGUGAUCCUGGAUGAUCUGUACAGCUGGCACUCCACUGACCGCACACCUGUGGUGACAGAGCGGACCCUGCUGUGUCUGACUGCCCUGUCAGACCACCUCCUGAACCCUCACAGCCUUCCCUCUUCCUCCUCGGAGCCUGAUCCUCGUCUGUCCCUACAGUUCUGGAGGAUGGUCCAGGAUGGACUGAUUCACAGAGACAGUGUGUCACGUAAGAGGGCAUUGUACCUGCUGAAAAGGUGUGCAGCCCUGUCAGAGGAGGAGGGCUUGAACUGUCCUCUGUCUCCAUCAGAGGAAGAUGACACCUUAUUUAAAUGGGUACCUGACAAGAGCAAAUUGCUUAGAGAGUUCUGGGAGGAUUAUGCACUGGUGAUGGAGACUCUGGAGGAAAACCAGGUUCACGUCGUCCGACCAGUUUUAAACAGAAUAGACAUGCUGAUCCGAACAACAGUGAAUGAUAAUCAAGCUCCAGGUCAAAGCCUUUUCCACCCAUCCUGGCUGCUCUGCGUGUACCAGCGGAUGUUCCACAGCGAGAAUAAAUCCUUAAUGAGAGAAGGAGUUUGUCAUCUGCUCGAACUGCAGGUCCUCCAGCAAUCAGCCUUUGCUUUGGCCUUUUCUCAGUUUAUCGUUGGCCCCUUUAUGGAUGUUCUCUCCGAAACGUCACUCUUCCACAGGUCAGUUGGACAGAAUGUAGGAGACUGUCCUGAGCUGGCCGUUAAACUCCAAGUCUUUAUGGCCGCCUUCUUCAAUAGCCUGCCAUCAGAAAGUAGAGGUUGUGUGUUGCUGCAGCUGAUUCAGCAGCUGAGUUCGAAGCACUGGUGUGCAGUACCGCUCCUCUUCCUCUCUCAGGCUCUAUCCAAUCUCCAACCAAGUCCACUGCUGGAGAUCAGUGGACUCACAGCUUUAAGAGAGGUGCUGCGCUGCACUAUGAUCACUCAUCAAGUUCUGCUGAGAGGAGCUGCCCAGUGCUUUCUGUUGAACAGCGCCCUCUGUCUUACAGUAGUGAGCGCAGUGACCCUGGAUGAUGUUUUUAGCUUUCUGAUGCAUUUCCGUGCAGAUGAGUCGCUGUGUAGAGGAACGCAGCUUUGGAAUCAGUUGUGUACCUGGCUAUUGGACCAUGAAGACAGUUUCAAACCCAGGAUUAUGGAUGGAGGUUGCUUUGCUGCUUCUUCAAAUACAGAAACUGUAAGAGCUUAUGUUCAAGAUGAGAUACUCGCCUAUCUCCGAGUCCCAGCUAGCACAGGUCAGUCUGAGAGGUUGCCUGACCCCAGAGAGGCUGAUAAAUUGGCCAGGGCCAUUCUGCUGUGUGUGGACAUGGAGAGGAGCCGAACUGGAGCGGAGAUCAGUAACAAUCUGCAGUCUUUGCUGUCUCCCCUGGUGGACACCCUGAGCAGAGUCAGCACCAAUAUCUACCUGCCUCUGCGGAAGAGUGACAAGGGCCUGCAGCUUGCACUCCGACUGUUCCAGCUCGGAGCAGUGCCAAACCGUCAGGUCGUUGGAGUGCAGCAAGAGGAUAGUGUGAUGGUUGCCAUGGAGAAGGUCAUUUUUGAACAUGUCGUUCCAGUCCAGGACUUUAUCUUGAGGCGGCUGUGUGGGGAACUGCAGGAGCUGUUUGAUGUAGAGCGAGCAGAGCUGUAUGUCUGUGUCCUGAAGCAACUGGUUGUCAUGUGCAGUUCUGCACCAGGGCACCACAAUAGGAUUCAGCAGAACGGUUUCCCUAAACUCAUCAAAUACAGCCUCAUGGUCCUGCAAGAACCCAGCCAGCAGGUACCGUCUGUGGCAAACCAGGUGUCUAGAGCGGUUGCUAUGGCAUCCCUGGCCAUGGUGUGUGGUCUUAUGGAGGAGAAACUGAUUGUCAUGCGAUCAGAGACUGUUGCUGCUCUGCAGUCACUGAAUGAUUACUUUUACAGUCCAGUUUCCUCUUCCUCACAAAGACAAGCAUGUCUCGGAAAUGUCAAUAAACACCUACUGAAACCACAGAUAGAAGACUACUCAAUUGAUCUCGAAGCACAAGGCCUUCUGCAGCAGGACUGGGGACGCAUCGCUGCCAAUUUUCUGCGGGACCAGUGGAUUUGUCUGAACUUCCUGAUCAAGGCUGUUGGGAUUCCUGAGUCUCUGGCGAUUCUCAAAACAUCUGAGACUCUCAAGGCCGCUCUGAGUUGCAGUGUUGAGGCUUUGGCUCUGCUUCCCAGCGACCUGGUGCUGCCUGUGCUCACAUUUAUGGAGACUGUGCUGCCAGAAUUGGUGCAUGAUGAGGAGGCCCUCUGUGUGGAGGCUGUGAAUCUGAGCUGGGAGCUGGUGCAGGGUCUGAGUACUAACGCUCAUGACUUCUGGCCAGCCCUCAAAGGCUUCAUUUCCAUGGCUUUCCACCCUAAACUGCUAAAGUUGACACAUGCUCAGACUCCGACCCUGACAGCCAUCUUGAAACAGAUUGCCAUGGAGUUGAUGGAGCUGUCUCAGUCGAAGAGUGGCGUGUUCGGUGUGCUGCUUCAACACUGCUGUCACACGUGGCUGCCCACAGAUCGAGGCAGCGGUGAGCCGGCUGACGCUGCUUUUUCGAGCGUUUUCAGUCACAUCGACAUCGUCAGCGAGGCUUGUGUCUACGGGCCGGUGUUCCGCAGAGAUCAACGACUCAUCCAGGAUGUACAAAUAUAUGUGGAGCGUCUCGGUGAAAAGUGUGCAGCUAAUGUUGCAGUUACAAGUGAUAACAGGGAUGAUCAGUUGCCUCGCACAUGUAUAUUGGCUUUUCUUAGCCGCCUGGAUCCCUCUAAUGAGCAGCAUGAAAAACUAAUAGAGGAGCUGGUUUUGGAUUUGUUGAAAAAGGAUAAUGGCAUAUCAAAGUCAAAAGUGCGUUACUAUAGCAACUCCCUGCAACAUCGUGUUAAAAACAGAGUAUGGCAAACACUGCUGUUGCUGCUGCCCAAACUGAGAGAGGAGUUCGUUGGCACUUUGGUUGAACGUGUGUUUGAAGCUGGAUUUUGCAGCAACCAGGCCUCAGUCAAGUACCUGAUCGAGUGGAUGAUGAUUCUAAUCCUUUUUCACUAUCCACAACACAUGGACAGCUUUUGGAGCUGCUUCAACAUGGAUCACGAACAGACCAAGACAAGCGUCUGCACCUUUUUAUCAGUUCUGGUACAUUUCAGUGUCAUCAUUCCUCAUCUUAAGGAUAAGUCAGUGCAGUUGCGUAAAGCACUAGACGUCAUCCUGCAGUCGUGUUUCAACCAUAACUUCAGCGUACGCCUGUAUGCCUUACUGGCCCUGAAGAGAGUGUGGAGCCUGGCAGAAAACCAGGCAGAAGAAGAGGCCGAUGCUUUAGGAGGCUUGUCCUCUGUGAUCAGGGCCUGUCUGAACCAGGCUGAGGCCAUGCAGAGCACCGGAAAUGCCAACAAGAACUGGAUAAGGAUUCAGGAGCACUUCUUCUUUGGUGCCUUUCAUCCUAUCAGGGAUUACAGUGUUGAGACCAUCUUCUACACGUUUCCCAGUCUGUCAGAGUUGGCCGACGAUGAGUGGAUUCCAACCUGGAAGUUUGAGAAGCUGUCAUGUUUCUCUGAAAGUCCGUGUUUCCCUUUGAGAAAUCCUGCUCCCGACUUGAACCAGCUCCAGCCUGGAGACUGGAUUCAACAAGACAGAAGUGAGCAGGAUAAGGAGGAGCGCUGGGCCGAGGUGCAGAAGAAGAUCACCCCCUGGAGGUUGGGGAUUCAGGAGCAGGAGGCUGAACUUCAGCUGGUUCCACCACAGAGGGCUGCUCGACUGGGCAAGCUGCACGGCGCCCUGCUAGUUGUGGCUUCACUUAUAGACAAGCCCACCAAUUUGGGAGGUCUGUGUCGGACAUGCGAGAUAUUUGGUGCCAGCGCUCUGGUACUGGACAGCCUCCGCCACGUCAAUGACAAACACUUCCAAUCCCUGAGCGUCUCAUCUGAACUCUGGCUUCCUUUGUUAGAGGUGAAGCCAGUGGAGCUUACUGACUUCCUGCAGGUUAAGAAGAGUGAAGGAUACUGUAUUGUUGGUGUGGAGCAGACAGCCAACAGUCACAGCCUCCAGGACUACCAGUUCCCUGAGAAGACUCUGCUACUUCUGGGCAAUGAGCGGGAAGGUAUUCCUGCCAACUUGCUCCAAAUGUUGGAUGUGUGUGUGGAGAUCCCUCAGCAGGGUGUGAUCCGCUCUCUCAACGUGCAUGUGAGCGCUGCCCUGUUGAUUUGGGAAUACACUCGACAACAUCUCACCUCAGCUGAGAUCAACUCAAAACGCAAGUGAAGAAGAAGCCAGCAGCACAGCCUGACAUGACAUCACACCACCAGAUGUUGACCUCGCUUGUCCUCCUCUGGUGGCGCGUCAGGGGAGAGUUGAAAUGAAAGUGUGAGCUUCAGCUACUGUCUGAAGUUUCUGCACACUUUUCAGGGCCUGACUUUCGGACUCUACCCUUUCAGGUUUCAUUGUGGUCAGCAGUCAUCAACACUGCUCUUGUGCCUUAAUGAGAGCCAUGAAUAAAGCUCAGUUCUGGUUAUUACAUCUAAAUGUGCCACUCGGCAUGCUAUUAUAUUAAUGGAGGGAGUGCUGAUUAAGCAACAGCAUAAAUGGAAAUGUUCUCCUUUGAGGAAGAACUGUUUUGUUUAUGUGAGCUUUUAGUUUUUGCCUCAGAGCAUCAGGACUGGGUUAUAAUGUUCACACCCAGUGGAUUCUGCUCUCAGUAUAGCAUUUGUAUUAGCAUGAUUUUCAGUAUUCCUAGUGUUUUUAUUGCAGUUUAUGACUUAAAGAUGUCAUUUUUAAAAACAUAGUGAAAUAAAUAAAUACUAUACUUUUAAUAA